GUUUUGCACUAUGUAACGGGUCCAAGGGAACGGGGUCAACAGGAGCUACCACUGGUGUGCGGACGUAGCGCCGUGGACAACAGCGCGGCCGAGAACGGGGCGGCUGUGCGGCCAGGAGCUGAAGGCGGGAACAGGGCCGAGAUCGCGGUCCGAGAGUCGGGGUCGGGAACGUGGCCGAACUCGGAAGCGGGAUGCUGGAGCGAGGCCGGGAUCGGGGCCAGGUGUGCCCAAGUGGAGGGGCAGGGGUCUCGAUAGCGUGGGUGUGAAAAAGAAAGCGUGCGUGAGUUGGUCAGAAGAAGCACUAAGGUACAUUAGUACUUCAUGUGGUCCUCACAUUAAAGGUUUUUGCCAAGUAGCCCCAAUUUAAAAAGUAAUGACGACAACGUGGAAUGAGAGGAUGCCAGGAAGUCGGAUAAGGCCAGAGAAGCAGAGAACUUGUAUCAUGUCUGAAGCUGUCAAGGAUAAGGGAAAGUCAGAAACUCUAUAGUCUCGAACAGCGAAUGCCAGAUAUAAAAAGGGGUGUUCUAAAGUUUCCGAAGUUCAAAAACAACCAAGAUGGCUUCAAGUGAUAUACAAGAUGAUCAACAAAUCAAAUUUCUGCAAAAUUGAAGAGAACAAGGAGAAUAAGGAGAAUUGCAAUGUGUCUGUGGAGCGGGGGCGAGUGGCUGUGGUCUUCUCUUUGAAGAAUGAGGUCGGAGGUCUGGCAAAGGCACUGAGACUCUUCCAGGAGAAACACGUGAAUCUGGUUCACAUCGAAUCCCGAAAGUCCAAACGGAGGAACUCUGAGUUUGAGAUUUUUUUAGACUGUGACAGUAACAGAGAACAACUCAAUGAAAUCAUCCAAAUUCUGAAAAGUCACGUUAACGUAGUGACUCUAAACUCGCCUGACAACUCCUAUCCACAGGAAGAUGAUAUGGAAUCUACUCCGUGGUUUCCAAAGAAGAUCUCUGAUCUAGAUAAGUGUGCAAACCGGGUGCUGAUGUAUGGCUCUGACCUGGAUGCAGAUCACCCGGGAUUCAAAGACAAUGUCUACCGAAAAAGGAGAAAAUAUUUUGCUGAUCUGGCCAUGGACUACAAGCAUGGCGAUCCCAUUCCACGGAUAGAAUUUACGGAGGAAGAAGUAAAGACCUGGGGUACUGUUUUCCGAGAGUUGACCAAGCUGUAUCCAACCCAUGCCUGCAGAGAAUAUUUGAAGAAUCUGCCUCUACUAACAAAAUAUUGUGGCUACAGAGAGGACAACAUCCCUCAGUUGGAAGACGUCUCCAAGUUUCUAAAGGAACGGACAGGGUUCACUAUCCGACCAGUGGCUGGAUACCUGUCUCCCCGGGAUUUCCUGGCUGGUCUGGCUUUCCGAGUCUUUCAUUGUACUCAAUAUGUGAGACACAGUUCAGACCCUCUCUACACACCUGAACCUGACACAUGCCAUGAGCUGAUGGGACAUGUUCCUCUUCUGGCUGAGCCGAGUUUUGCCCAGUUUUCCCAGGAGAUUGGCUUGGCUUCUCUGGGAGCCUCUGAUGAAGCAGUGCAGAAACUAGCCACAUGUUACUUUUUUACCGUGGAGUUUGGACUGUGUAAACAAGAUGGCCUGCUGAGAGUCUAUGGAGCUGGAUUGCUGUCAUCUGUCAGUGAGCUGAAGUACUCGCUCUCGGGAAAUGCCAAGGUGAAGCCUUUCGACCCAAAGGUCACUUGCAAGCAGGAGUGUCUCAUCACCACAUUUCAAGAUGUCUAUUUUGUUUCAGAAAGUUUUGAAGAAGCAAAAGAAAAGAUGAGGGAAUUUGCAAAGACCAUCAAGCGCCCAUUCAGUGUGAGAUACAAUCCCUACACUCAGACUGUCGAAGUUCUGAAAGAUACCAAGAGCAUCACAAAUGUCGUGAAGGAACUUCGCCAGGAGCUCGAUAUUGUUUCUGAUGCUCUCAGCAGGAUGAACAAGCAGUUCGGCAUCUGAGAUCUUACCCCUGCACCCUUGUCCCCAUAAACAGCCCCACAAAUCCACCGCUCUUCUAAACUAGGUUAUUACUGCUUUGGUGUGAAUAGAUGAAUUACCAGACAAAACAUUAACCUGCAAAAAUAGUCAUUGAAAGCAUGCCUUGGUUUGGAAACUAUCCAUUUUGCAACAGCAAGCAGAUAUCUUUGUACAACUGUUUGAGUCUUCAGCACAUAUCCACUGCUUUCUGUUCAAAUUAUCAUCUGUAAGAAACCUCUCAGUGCUCAGCUCUGUACUGAUCCUGAAUCAUGUCAUCUAGUUCUGGUUAUAUCAGAUAUUGUAGCUAGGUUUGGGUGGUUCUUUUCCAAUUUCUAUCAAGAUUCUAAGGCAACCAAAUUUCACAAAGAGCAGACCAUCGGUCUCAAUCAUCGACUUUGUUGGAUGACAAAGUACAUUAUGCAGAGUCUUUCACAUCAAGAGGAAUCGUACAUGGGCAGCAGGUUCCUCAUGUUCCCAUUACCUGUAAUUAAAAAUGUAAUUUAAAAGGCCACCUUACUGAUGGAUCUUAUUUGAUGUGACCUGUGCUGAGCCCUGCUCUGGCUCUGCAGCUGGGGCACACAGCUCCCAGUGAGCACAAGGCCUCAAUUCCAUGGCCAUCCAUUGCUUGUGCAAUCAAAGAUCUGUUUCACUGUUUUUAAGUGGCCAUGACAAUCAUUUAAAAUCAAUUGAGUUUUUAUUUAAAUAUUAUUUAACAAAAUUGGAAAACUUCAUUUUGAAUGCAUUGAGCUAUUAAUUAAAAUAUAGAUGUAGAGAAAUAAUUCAUUUAUCUUUAUAGUUAAGUUUGGGGAUCUCAUUCAAAUGAAGGGGGCUGCACUGAAGGCACGAGCUAAGGUAGUUAUAUGGCACAUUUGGGACAUUACAGUACUUUCUGGACUCAUCUGACAUCCAGCACACCUGCACUUCCACACUGCAGUGCCCAAGUACAGAAGUCUACAACAUGAUGAUAUGUACAUUGCAGCUAGCCAUGGUUUCUGUAUGGAACCAUUGACUUAACUAACAGCCCAAUCUGACCAUGACAACCAAGCCUAUGGAAUGUUUUUUAUGGGAUGACAGUUCCAUGAAUGGAACAGGUAAAACUUGUGGUCCAAGGAAAUAAAUUCCCAAUUAGCAUCAUUGCUCAACUUCUAAUAUUUGGGUCUAUGGCUGACACAGGAUGUUCUUGUUGAUAUAAAUAACUCAUUAACUUGUUUUUGAGGUAAGAAUCCUGAUUCCUGCUUUAAUAGGCUAAAUAGGUGAACUGAUAGAGCAGCUAAUGAGUGAAAGAGAUAGCAAAGAAUCUUCUCAAUGCAAAGGAAUCAUUUGCAGAAAAUCAGGAUUUUCUGCUUCUGCCUCAGUAACAUCAACCAAGUAGAAAUUCUGACUUUUGUAAGGAUGCACCCCUAGCCCUUCGUACAACCCACCCCUGACACCCACCAAACCCCAUCAGUCAAUGUAAAGGGAUCAGUGUCAGUUAGAAUUUUUCAGCUCCUUUGUGCCUCCAGGUAAUGUUCCUGAUGUGAGGCUGUAGACUGAUUGAUUUGGUUACCCACCUUUCCAAUCCCUCACCCAUUACCCAUGGGGGAAUGCUAAAUGCUAGAAUCAUAAUUAGCAUUUCUCUUACCAAAUGAUGCUGCAGGCAGGUGAGGAGUAUGUUGUCUUAUGUAUAAUUGAGUUUUGGUCAGGUCAAUCAUAAAUAUGAUUAUGUCCUUUCUGGAGAAGGUACUGCUUGAACAGAGUGGUGGAUUGAAAAUCUAAUGUAGAAUGCAAAGGUGGUGCAUGAAAAAAUCCUUCAACGUUGGCCCAGGAAGCUUAGAAUAUUGAAAGAGGUUUGAUGGCUGAGUCUCCUGACAUUGUUACAACACUGAUCUGACAGUAAUUUUCAACAGGCUGCAUAUUUGCUGAUGGUUGACAAUACAGAAUAUAAUCCAGCAACUGUAUUAGACAUUAAGAUCACACUAUGGUGAGCCUGUUACCUAAUUUGAUCUGCCAUUAUGGUUGUACACGCUGGUCCUGUGUAGUAGUGUGACAAUCCACACUACCUGUAUUAGCCAAGUUCCUUGCUGUGAAGAUAUGUACCAACAAUGCUGAAUGGGUUUUGCAGGUUAAUAUUGUGAAUACCCCAUUUGCUAGAAUCAUGUCCAAAACCCUGCUGCUUUUGCCAUUGUUGUCAUUUCUGGAGAUUUGCAAGUUACUGUGAGAUUGAUAUCCAUGUUCCCCAAUUGUCUGCAGUAGUAUUUGUACAUCAGUCAUUGCGCAUGUUCAUAUUCACAAUAACCAGUGACACUUUUGCUUAGGGAAAUCACAGCCAUAAGUAAUUGAACCUUUCAGCUUGUGUGCAUCACGUUGAGAGACAGCUCUGGUGACUCAUGGGUAGUUUUUCCACCUCAUAUCCAUUUGCACUUAGAUGAAGGGUCUGAGUGUUAGCUGUCUGAUAGGCAGGGGAAAUGUAGGCUGUGUUACACCUUUGGAUUAUUGCAGAGUUACUCUGGCCAGAAAAUACAUACAUGUGGACAGUGUUUGAGGACUGAUUCAACAACCAAAGAGCGAGUUACAUACUGCCGAGCUGGUAGAGUUUGUUUUAGCCGUCAUAUUUUAUGAAGGGACAUUGUCCCAACCAGAGACUUGCUUGAUGGCUAUGGAGCACACAAUGACCUGUGCUGAUAGUGAUGAGUUUGGGGUCUCUGAUUCUUGCACAAUGAUUUCCUGGUUAUGGGCAUAGCACUUGGAAAUCACCAGGUGGAGGCUGGGUCAUCCCUACAAGGGAAACAACAACACAAUAAAUUGAGUUGCACCUGUGUUCUUUUGCUUACUGGAUGAAAGCUGGGGUAAUCAUGCUUUUCGACAACACUCCACUGCCUUCUUUUGCUGGACAGCAUCAAAGGAGGCUCCUUGUUUGGUUAACUUUCACCAGAGGAAAUACCUUUGAAUGAAAGCCUAAGUGGAAGUAGAGCAGGCUGCAAACAAGUACAGCUGUUGUAAUCUAGCAUUAUGCAAUGAAUUUGGGACUAAUUGUAUGCAUUGAAAUGAAAUUGGGAGAAACCAUUCCCUUCAGUGUAUGUGUAAUUAAUAUUAAUCACCUAUAAGUGAAUUAGCAGUCAUGGUCUUCAACUGUGUGACUCUUGCUGAAUUCUAGUAUUUUAAAUGUGCUUGUCCUUGUGCCAAACUACAUAUCCAAUGCGCUUGUACUUCACAAAUAAA